GAAAACUGACAUUGAAGAUCCCUUGGAAGAACUUGUACAAUGAUGCUGUAGUUGCAACGUUAGAUGGUCUGUAUCUGCUGGUGGUUCCUGGAGCAACGAUAAAGUAUGACGCCGCGAAGGAGGAGCGUUACCAGCAGGAGGCCAAGCAGAAGGAGCUGCAGCGCAUUGAGGAGGCGCUACUGAUGGCUGCUCGCAGAGACUCUCAGACGGGAGAGCUGCUGUUUAAUCUGGAAAGUGUUGUGUAUAAGGAGCCUCAGCAUG